AUGAAAAUACACAGUUAGGAUUCUACAGUUCCUUAUUAUCAAGUUUAUUUAGGAAAAUCUAAAUAUUGUUUCAAAGGAAGGUUAGUAAUGGGCUAUUCCAGAAUAAUGUUUACAUUGUCUUUUGCAUUUUUGAAUAGUCUUUCUUUGGUGCAACUUUUCAGAAUAGAUCCAAAAUGGGAUAUAUUUUUAGCAGAAAUAAUAUUAAUAUUUCUUACAGAUGUAUUCAUGAUAUCAACUGUUUUCAGCGAUCCAGGCAUAUUGCCAAGACUAAAUUCUUAAAUUUAAAAGGUAAUAUGUUAGAUGAUUAAGGUAUACUGAAUGUUAUCUUAUACCGCUGAGACUAAAAUCUACAGCUGAACUAAUAUUAGUGAGUUAAACAAAAUUAUGCGAAUUCAAGUUUUGUGACACAUGUAAAAUUUAUAAAACCAGCACCACAGCACAUUGUCGGAGAUGUGAUAAUUGUGUUUAGGGAUUUGAUCAUCAUUGCGUAUGGUUAGGUUAAUGUAUAGGAUAAAGAAACUAUCGGUAUUUUUAUUGUUUUAUUUUGUUCUUAACUAUUAUGCUUACUUUCUUACUGAUAGUACAAAUCAAACAUCUGGCUGAUAUGGAUGAUUACUUCAUAAUAGAGUUACUAAGUUACGCUCUAAACACCUUUGGAUUCCUCUUAUUUUCAACCUAUUUAUUGGUUUUGCAUACUUACUUUAUUUUUGCUAACAAGACCACAUAUGAAUAUUUGACUAUAAAUAGGUUUGUGAUAAAUCAUCAUAAGUUAUUAUUUUAUCAAGGAUAAGGCAUUUUAUUACAGAGAAGAUUGACCAGAUGGCAUUAAGGUGUUUGGUAAAAAUUAUUAAAGCCAAUUCGAUCUUAAUUUAUAUCAUUUACAUCAUAAGUAUUUUUAUAUGGAAGUGUAGGUGUAUUGCGAAGUGCCUUCCAAUGUCUAAUAGUAAAGGGUCCAAUAGAAGAUUUAAUUUAUGUAUAAUGAUACAAUAGACAAAAUUCAUAUGGAUGAUAAGACGAAAACAUAUCAAAGUGAAUUAUGUAGUGUUUAAUAGAAUAGAUAAAUGUUAACUUCAAGGUAAAACGAGACCACUUUUCAUUAGUAGGAAUAUGAUUUCAGAUUUUUGAAAGUGGAAUCAGAAAGCAAUGGGGAAUAGAUCAAUUAGCUUUCUCACGACUCGCGAGAAGAGAAAUAAAAUCUCAAAAUAUAUGGGUUAUCUAAGUCAUAACAGAUUGGAUAUUAGGAUUUAUAAAAGGAGAUGGCAACUAAAUUCAGUAAGUAAUUAAAUGAUGCAUAAAAUUAAUAAAUUUGA